AUGCCUGAGCAAAUCACCCUCUACGGCCACCCGUACUCUCCCUACUUCCACCGCGUCGCCAUCGUGCUGGAAGCGACCGGGGCCAAGCACCAGUGCUACACUGUCGACCUCGUGGACAGGUCGGUCUGGGGCAGCAUCUCGCCCACGGGCAAGAUUCCUUUCAUCACCUACGGCGGCCCCGAGGUCCCUCCCGACCAGCCCUCGCCCGAAUCCGAAAAGAUCCCCGAGUCGCUCAUCAUCGCGACGCUCAUCGCCGAGGAGCACCCCUCCGCAGGCCUCAUCCCCGCCGAUCCGGUCGCGCGCGCGCGCAUGCGCCUCUUCAUCAACGAGUGGGAGUCCUCGGGGUCGGCCGCGCUCCGCGCCGCGCUCAUGGGCACCGGCCCCGUCGACGCGAUCCUCGACGUCUACGCGCGCCUGCAGGCGCGCCUGGGGGCGAGCACGAAGUUCGCGGUCGGGGACGCGCUCACGCUCGCGGACGUCGCGGUAGCGCCGUACCUGCCCCGGAACGAGUACCUGAUGCGGCACGAGAUCGGCAAGUACCCGUUGGGCGACGGGAAGAAGUUCCUCGACCGCCUGGCGGGGCCCGAGUUCGCGCGGUUCCGCGAGUAUGCGGAGGCGGUCAAGGCGCACCCGAGCGUCGAGAAGACGUAUGAUGAGGCCGUUUACGCGGAUAUGAUGGGGAGCAACCCGUACUUCAAGCGCGAUUGA